ACGAUGCGACCUUCAGUUCAUCCCACUUCGAAAUUGGACUAAGCAACGUGCAAAAGAAGGAAAAGGAAAUUUGGCGCGGGAUGAAACAGCGGCAAAUGCGAGCUUAGGAUGAAAAAAAAGGAUGCAUCACGGCGGCAAGGGAAAGGAAACGGGCAGGAGAGAAAGAGAAAGAAAGGAAAGGAGAGGAGAGAAAAAAAAGGAAAGGAGAAGAGAAAAAGUUACGCGUAGGGAGGGGGAAUAAUCGAACUAAGGAAAGCCCUGACGAGGAAAAGAGCGAGGCUUCUUUGCGCCAGUCCAGUAAGCAUGGAUGAUAUAAGUGAUUUCCUGCCACUUCGUGUUGUGGAAACGGAGUGCAAGAGAAGUGGUGAGUUGGAUAAGGGAGAUGAGAGUGAUGUCAUGGGCUUUGAUGGAGGUGGUACGCGCACCUUGCGGUACCAGUGGGAUGACACGGUCAAGUAUAUAUUGGAGACAAUCACACGAGGACCAGGAGUGAGCCAAGUGGCUUGCGGGGAGGCUUUGGCAGAUGCCGUAUCUGAUAUGCGGCGGGAGCUGUCCCUGCCAGAGUGCUCGCCCCGAACGGUUCGGGGGCUAUCCUUCUUUUUUGAUGAGUUACAACUCACCGCGACGCAACAGUUGCAGCAGCGGGUCUGUACCACCGCCACUACCUCGAGUACGGAGCCGCGCGAGUCAACUUCAAAGUUUGACGGGCAGGAGAUCUUCUGCGACGCCAUGAAGACAGAUCCGAUUCCAUGGUUUCGCAAGUUCGAGCUCACACUGCAGCUCCACAACGUCAAGGAACACAAGCACCACGCAUACUUGUACUCUCGCUCAGGGGGCUCGUGUCAGGCUUGGUUGGACAACCUGUUGUCCAAGUACGGAGUGGUAGCUAACGACUUGCACACCAAGAUCACCUGGGAUGAUCUGAAGGCGGCGUGGCACAAGCGGUUCCAGGUGGAGCCGCCAGAGAUCAAAGCCAUGGACAAGCUCAUGGUCUUCGAGCAAGGCACGCUGCCGAGUACGGACUGGAUCGCCGAGUAUCAACGCUUGACAUCAGUCCCAGACAUCCAGAUGGGCUUCAAGGCCAUCCGCCACUACUUCAUCUCAAGGUCAUGUCCGACAUUGAGCAAUGCCCUGACGCAUGUCGAGGACACCUUGACAACGACGACGAAAUUAUUUGACAAGGCUGCGCAGAUCAUCGUCACGAACAAGGAGGCCAAAAACCUCCGUUCAUCUGCGUCAGGCCCGAGCAGGGACCAGCAUCGGCCAAGAGUGGCCGUGGUCGCAGCGGCAGCGCCGUUAGACCAAACCAGCGAGGCUGUGUCUGCCAGUGAAGGGGACAGAUUCGCAGCCGCCCGGGAAGGUUUGCCCAUUGAAAGGCAAGGGCAGACAGGGAGACUGAGCACCACCGAGAGUGACGCGACGACACUCUCGACGCCUUCGGAAUUGGUUUCUUCGCGAGUAACUAGCCUUCAUUUCGAGGUGCACGCGAAAGUCGAUAGUCCUCCGCUUUUACUUUCUUUUGAGGACUAUGCUGCCCGGCUCGUUCCAACGCUGGGUACUCAAGCUCAAGGACAAGGAGUGUGUGCGGUUUCUUCUCCGUCCGACAACAACAACAUAUCGUCUUCAAGUGGUUCGUCACGGGAUUCGGCGCGCGAGUUCAAUAUAGAGGCAUUGGACCCGCUCACGUCUGAGGACUUUGCAUGGCUUCCUCUCCCGACCACAGGUCGUUUGCCGGGACCGCAAUGCGCAGCACUUAGCGCUCAUCUCCACACUUACCUUUCCUUCUAUGCACCACCAACUUCGCCGACGGAUGACGAAGUCACGGUGGGGGACAUCCUGGCAUACACUACCAAGGUGGCCCGCGAGUUUCGCACGCAGCGGUACGAUAACAACAAUGCACCGCUCAUGUAUGUCCGUAUCCAGGUUGGGCAAGCGUCCUGCAGCGCUUUGCUGGAUAGCGGCGCGACUCGCAACUUCAUGAGCCAAUCCUUUAUGCAAAGGGCUGGCCUUGACACACAAGUUCGAAGGACGGCAAACCCGACGGCGAUCAAGUUGGCGGAUGGAAAGACGCAGCAACUUCUCGACCGUUACAUCGAGGUCGUACCGGUCUACUUCGCACCUCAUGCAUGCGAACCGGUGACAUUCGAUAUUCUCGACACGGACUUCAACAUCAUUCUGGGAAUGCCUUGGCUUGCAAGUGCGGAUCACACGGUCAACUUCCAUCGACGAACUCUUAGCGUUCGCGACGCGUUCGGCGCGGAAGUGGCGUUGUUGGAGACGCUCCGCCGUGCCAAGUACAAGGCCAACCGCGACAAGUGCGAAUUUGUCCGGCAAGAGCUGGAAUACUUGGGCCAUUUUGUCACACCRGAGGGCAUCAGUCCGCUAUCGGACAAGAUUCAGGCCGUCCAAGAGUGGCCRGAGCCUCGGAACGUCACGGAUGUCCGCUCGUUCCUCGGUCUUACCGGCUACUAUCAGCGCUUCAUCAAAGGCUACUCCAAGAUCGCAGCCCACUUGAAAAAGCUUCAAUGCGAGGAUCGGCCGUUUAACUUUGGAGAGGAGGUGCGAGGAUCAUUCUUCGCUCUCAAAGCCGCGCUAUUGUCUGCGGAGGUCUUGCGAAUCUACGACCCACUCACGCCUACGCGUGUCACUACGGAUGCGUCAGGCUAUGGCAUUGGUGCAGUCCUCGAGCAACAUGAUGGUGUGGACUGGCACCCGGUCGAGUACUUCAGCAAGAAAGUGCCCCUCGUGCAUUCCAUUGACGAUGCACGCAAGAAGGAGCUCCUCGCCUUCGUCCACGCGCUCAAGCGGUGGCGGCACUUCCUCCUUGGUCGAAGCCAAUUUCACUGGGUAACGAACAACAAUCCGUCGGUCUUCUACAAGACCCAAGACACCGUCAACAGCACCAUCGCUCGAUGGAUGGCUUUCAUCGACCUGUUCGACUUCUUUCCCGAUCACAUUCCCGGGAAGUCGAACCGUUUUGCGGAUGCUCUUUCACGGCGUCUGGAUCACUGUACCGCGCUUUUACCAGAGAGAGAGUCGUGGGAAUUCUUCUCUCGCACAUUGCCUGCUAUGGCUGGCUUGGCAUUAAGGCUACCUGAAUUUCUAGGGACUAAGAUGUGCCAAACACAAAGGCCGGCAACGGGAGCUGCAGCUCAAGGGUCAGCUUCUGCUUCAGGCAAUAGCAGAUCUUCAAGUCAUUCACUAUGUCUGCGGCUCGUCUUGCAGCAGCAACCAGGGAUGGUAGUCAUUCACCAGGAACUUCUUGCAGCUCUUCUUGUUUGUGCCUUUCUCUGCGUGUUCCCUGCAAGAGGAAGAGACAAGUAUAUCCUUCCAGAGAUAAACUUCAACCGCUUAUUCGGAUAUGCUAUAAAUGGAGGGGCAUAUGAUGCGAAGUUGCGAUGCAUUUUGCAUUACUUCAACCGCAUAUGUACCAAUAUGCCAGAUGGAUUCGUGUCUUUUGAAAGGAAAGUGUUGCCUUCUGAAGAUCUGGACCUGCGAAACAUGCCCCCAAGUGUUUCGGACAGCUCAUUCUGGUCCACCAGGAAAGCUGUGCUUUGUCAAUUUAAUGUGUCAGAGGGAGGAACAAUCGAGGAUGAUGGGACUGGAUGCUUGGAGCUGGACUUCGCCAAUGCGUAUCUUGGAGGAGGAGUACUGGGAGCUGGUUGCGUACAAGAGGAGGUCAGAUUUGUCAUAUGCCCAGAGCUGAUAGCUGGUAUGCUUUUUCUGUCCGCAAUGGCUCCCAAUGAAGCAAUUGAGAUCGUUGGUGCUGAACGUUUCAGCCGAUACACAGGAUAUGGCACAGGCUUCCGGUUUGCAGGAGACUUUGUGGACUCUGUGGCCCGCGACUGCUUUGGUCGGAAGCGGAGGAUGCUUGUUGCAAUUGAUGCCUUGCCAUGUCCUGGUGCAUCUCAAUUCCGCCAAAGCUUGUUGCUAAGGGACCUGAACAAGGCAUUUUGCGGCUUCUUGGAUCAUGCCUCCAUUCGCGGCUACUGCACAGUUGCAGGCGAACCUCCUAGUGGUGGGAGCAACAGUCCAAACUUGGCUGGGAAUGCUGCUCAAGGUUCGUCUCCAGGGAAGACCGGGAAAGGAGGGGAGGUGGAUCGAGGAGGAGGAGAAGAGCAGUUGAGUCGAGGGGCUAGCCGUGUUGGCAGUGGCACUGGUGCUGCUGAUGUUCGCUUCAGAGACAGGAGGAGCUGCGAGGAGCUGCAGAACCCAUCUGAUAUGGAAAUCGACUGUGCAGACGAUGCUGAGGUGGGUGGGAGUAAGAACUACAUUGAGAGCAGCGAGUUUGAAAGGGAGACAACCGAAAGUAGUCACCAAGGCAGUGCUGUUGGGCAGAUGACGGUGGACGGUGAAACAAGUGGAAGUAUGAGCAGUGUGAAAAAUAAAAGGCAAGGUCCUUGUGCUCCUGAGGGAGAGGGAAUAAGGAACAGGAAGGCUGAGUGUGAAGGCAUGAAAACAGGUAAUGAAAGAGAUGAAGGUGAUGGAAAGGAAGAGAGGGAGGAGGGAAGAUGUGGGACAGGGAGUGGGAGUGGCAGUGAUGGCAGGGCUACAGAGAUGUACAGCUCAGAUAGAGGAGUUGCUCAACAAAUAAGUGUCGGCAUUGCCACAGGAAAUUGGGGUUGUGGUGCUUUUGGUGGGGACCUGGAGGUGAAGAGCAUGCUGCAAUGGAUUGCUGCUUCCCAGGCUGGAAGACCUUUUGUCUCGUAUUUCACAUAUCGGGAUCAGAGGGCGAGGAGACUUCGAGAGGUUACUGAUUGGUUACAGAGGGAGAUGUGGACUGUCGGCGAACUCUGGUCAAUGGUGACGUCAUAUUGCGGUCGGCGUUUGAAUGGGGAAGUGAAUAUUGGCUUCUUUGACUGGCUUCUCCCAAUGCCAGAGACAGUCGCAACGGGAUCUUGGGGGAUUAUCCGGGCAGCGCCUGUGUUAGAUGCAGCUGAGGCAGAGCGCAUCCCUGUAACCUAUGACCAAGCGGCAUGCAGAAUCGAGGUUAUGCAAGGUCUCCAUAAUACAUCACAAAAAGUACCAAAUGUUGUGGAUGAUGAGCAACAGGGACAGGGAGAUGAAGAAUCGGAUGAGGAUGAUUCGCUGUACUUCUUGUCCGUGGAGUCCCAGCAGAGUUAUGGGUCGAUCCAAAGACGUUAUGCUGAUUACCGUUCCGAGCAGGCAGAGGUUUGGGAUCUAUCUGCAGAGGAGAGAGGGCACCCCUGCGGAGGUUGGAGUGGUUCAGAUGCAAGUUUGAGAAAGCUACCGAGGGGCAAUUUCGAAAAGACGAAAAAGCGCGCAGUCGAGAGCAAGGGGUGGGAAGGCUCUUACUAUGGGACAGAAACGAAGAAACCGAGGAGGUUGGUAGAGAAGGAGCAAGGCAGACGUAGGCAUGAAAGUCAGCGGUCACGAUCACAAACACAGGGAGGAGAAUCCACAACCCCAUCACCGGAAUCUCUUGGUGACGUCAUUCUGGAAACCACUGGUAUCCGGAUGGAGGCAGAGAAUCUCCGCUAUUCAAACAAGCAAAGUCAAGAGCAUGUUUCGAGUCCAAAUCAUCGAGAAGAUGCACAAAACGUCAGUCAGCGUAUGAUUGCAUCAACGCCUCCGUGCUCUCAUUACGUGGCAUCAGCGCCUUCCAGCACCACUCCGUCUAUGUCUGGUUCAUUGAUCGUGCAGCUUCCCCAGUCUGACAGCGUAGCAUUUGCCGGUUGCAUUGCAGAUUCAGGACCACAAUCUGAAUAUAGAUCAGUAGGUGGCUUCGAUGGGACAGCAGAGCCCCUUUCAGUGGCAGAUGGCGACGUUCCGACAACGGCUGCGACUCCUCAAACGCUAUCAUCUACCCGAACAACCUUCACUCCAUCAAUGUCCUCCUCUCUGCCCACCUACUUCACCUCAGUGACCCAUCAAAAAGCAACAUCUGCUGUAAUCAGGGAUGGAGGAUUUCCGUCAUCGCCGAGUGCCUGUCAACAAUCGGGUGAGGAGGGGUUCCUUGUGCCGUUUAACGGGGCCAUGCAAAGGAAAAUAUCCAUCAGUGCGGAGGACAGUCGGUGUGAGGCAGAAAAUAGCACUCACUUCAGUAUGACAGAUGCCAAGCAGGUUUGGGAAGAUGCAACUGUUCCAAUGUUGGUGCCCGAUAUUGCAGCCUUCCAAUCCCUGCCACAAGCCACACCAACCAAGCAUCAAUUCCAUCAAGCCUCCACACCCAUAUCCCCCUGUGCCUCUCACGACACCAGCCCAGUAUCCAAGAGUUGAGGACAGCAAAGGAUUCAAACAACUUAGCGAAAUUGCGGGUCACGCAUCCCAGACGGCUGACCAGCUUAUGGCUAUGUCUGCUCAAACAGGUGAAAUGGCAGAUAUUCCUGCAAAUAGUGUGAGGAACCAAGAUACCACACCUACAAUAUACAGGAGGUGUCAUUCCCUGUCCCCACAGGAGAGUGCUCACGGCUAUCGCAGCUAGACCGUAAGACAAGAAGGGGCAGAGGCUAGAUCUGAAGAUGGCACAGGAAAGUCACCUCAAGAUAGGUGAAGCCUUGAUGGGAACAGAGGACUGAGAAUGAAACCCUUGGAGCGUU